AUGAACUAUAUGCCGGUUACCGCCAGCCUCAUGGAGGACAUUGACACUAAUUUAAUGUUACAUCAGACUGUGGAACGCAUUCAUGUGGGCAAAGAAUACAGUGAUAUUCCUCAAGGGGUUUUUGUUGUCCAUGGAGAAAAUGUGGUCCUCCUAGGAGAAAUAGACCUGGAGAAGGAAAGUGAUAGUCCUCUCCAGCAAGUGUCUAUUGAGGAAAUCCUCGAAGAACAAAGAGUAGAGCAGCAGACUAAGCAGGAAGCAGAGAAGCUGAAUGUCCAAGCUCUCAAGGAAAGGGGUCUGGGUCUCUCUAAUCCCUGA